UGGAAAUGCAAAUUCUCAGCAGGGGUUCGAACCAGAACAAACCGGUUCCAAGAAGCCCUGGGAUUAAAUGUGAAGGCUCCGUGAGUGAGGGUGUCUUGCCAUUGUUGAGGCUGAGGGGGCUUAUUAGGCUGCAACCAUGUACCCUGCACACAAACUUUCUGGCUGACCUGCCCUCUCUGUCCACAGGCCGCCUCACGCCCCACACAGACACACCAGGCCCUCAGCCUCAGCCCAUGGAUCUGCGGGUGGGCCAGCGGCCCCCGGUGGAGCCCACCCCGGAGCCCACGCUGCUAGCCCUGCAACAUUCCCAGCGCCUGCACCAUCACCUCUUCCUAGCAGGCUUGCAGCAGCAGCAGCAGCAGCAGCAACAGCGCUCAGCAGAGCCCCUGAGGCUCUCAAUGGACACGCCGAUGCCUGAGUUGCAGGUGGGGCAGCAGGAGCAAGAACUGCGUCAGCUUCUCAACAAGGACAAGAGCAAGCGGAGUGCCAUAGCCAGCAGUGUGGUUAAGCAGAAGCUGGCAGAGGUGAUUCUGAAGAAACAGCAGGCCGCCCUAGAGAGAACAGUCCAUCCCAGUAGCCCCAGCAUUCCCUACAGAACUCUCGAGUCCUUGGAGACUGAAAGAGCCACCCGCACCAUGUUCAGCAGUUUCCUGCCUCCUGUUCCCAGCCUGCCCAGCGACCCCCCAGAGCACUUCCCCCUGCGUAAGACAGUCUCUGAGCCCAACCUGAAGCUGCGCUACAAGCCCAAGAAGUCCCUGGAGCGGAGGAAGAAUCCGCUGCUGCGGAAGGAGAGUGCCCCGCCCAGUCUGCGAAGGCGGCCGGCGGAGACCCUCGGUGACUCAUCCCCCAGUAGCAGCAGCACGCCCGCAUCAGGGUGCAGCUCCCCCAACGACAGUGAGCAUGGCCCCAACCCCGUCCUGGGCUCCGAGGCGCUCUUGGCCCAGCGGCUGCGGCUGCAGGAGACCUCUCGGGCUCCGUUCACCUUGCCGACAGUGUCCUUGCUGCCCGCAAUCACGCUGGGGCUGCCCGCCCCUGCCAGGGCUGAUGGGGACCGCAGGACUCAUCCAACUCUGGGUCCUCGGGGGCCGGUCCUGGGGAGCCCCCAUGCUCCCCUCUUCCUGCCCCCUGGCCUGGAGCCUGAAGUUGGGGGCACCUUGCCCUCUCGCCUGCAGCCCAUUCUCCUCCUGGACCCCUCAGUCUCUCAUGCCCCGCUGCUGACUGUGCCCGGGCUUGGGCCUCUGCCCUUCCACUUGGCCCAGUCCUUACUGACCACCGAGCGGCUCUCCGGGUCGGGUCUCCACCGGCCACUGAGCCGGACCCGCUCAGAGCCCCUGCCCCCCAGCACCACCGCCCCCCCACCGCUGGGCCCCCUGCAGCCUCGUCUGGAGCGGCUCAAACCUCACGUCCAGCUGAUCAAGAGGCCAGCCAAGCCAAGUGAGAAGCCCCGGCUACGGCAGAUACCCUCAUCUGAGGACCUAGAGACAGAUGGUGGCAGCGUGGGGCAGGUGGGCGACAACAGCCUGGAACACAGGGAGUCGAGCCACGGGCAGCCAGAGGCCAGAGGCCCCUUUUCUCUUCAGCAGCACCAGCAGGUGUUCCUCUGGGAGCAGCAGCAGCAGCAGCGACUGGUGGGGCGGCUCCCCCGGGGAGGCCCUGGGGACUCUGUGCUGCUUCCCCUGGCCCAGGGCGGACACCGGCCUCUGUCCAGGGCUCAGUCUUCCCCAGCUGCGCCUGCCUCACUGCCAGCCCCAGAACCCAUUAGCCAGGCUCAUGUCCUUCCCAGCUCUGAGACCCCUGCCAGGACCCUGCCAUUCACCACAGGGCUGUUCUAUGACUCAGUAAUGCUGAAGCACCAGUGCUCCUGUGGAGACAACAGCAGGCACCCGGAGCAUGCUGGCCGCAUCCAGAGUAUCUGGUCCCGACUGCAGGAGCGGGGGCUCCGGAGCCAGUGUGAGUGUCUCCGGGGCCGGAAGGCCUCCUUGGAGGAGCUGCAGUCAGUCCACUCCGAGAGGCACGUGCUCCUCUACGGUACCAACCCGCUUAGUCGCCUCAAACUGGACAACGGGAAGCUGGCAGGGCUCCUGGCACAGCGGAUGUUUGUGAUGCUGCCCUGUGGUGGGGUUGGGGUGGACACUGACACCAUCUGGAAUGAGCUGCACUCCUCUAAUGCAGCCCGCUGGGCUGCGGGCAGCGUCACGGACCUCGCCUUCAAAGUAGCUUCCCGUGAACUAAAGAAUGGUUUUGCUGUGGUACGGCCCCCAGGACACCAUGCAGACCGUUCCACAGCCAUGGGCUUCUGCUUCUUCAACUCAGUGGCCAUAGCCUGCCGGCAGCUGCAACAACAGGGCAAGGCCAGCAAGAUCCUUAUUGUGGACUGGGACGUUCACCAUGGCAAUGGCACCCAGCAGACCUUCUACCAGGACCCCAGUGUGCUCUACAUCUCCCUGCAUCGCCAUGAUGAUGGCAACUUCUUCCCAGGCAGUGGGGCCGCUGAUGAGGUGGGGGCUGGCAGUGGUGAGGGCUUCAAUGUCAAUGUGGCCUGGGCUGGAGGUCUGGACCCCCCCAUGGGGGACCCUGAAUACCUGGCUGCCUUCAGGAUAGUCGUGAUGCCCAUUGCGCGAGAGUUCUCUCCAGACCUGGUCCUGGUGUCGGCUGGGUUUGAUGCUGCCGAGGGUCACCCGCCCCCACUGGGUGGCUACCAUGUGUCCGCUAAAUGUUUUGGGUACAUGACACAGCAGCUGAUGAACUUGGCGGGAGGUGCAGUGGUGCUGGCCUUGGAGGGUGGCCACGACCUCACCGCCAUCUGUGAUGCUUCCGAGGCCUGUGUGGCUGCUCUUCUGGGCAACAAGGUGGAUCCCCUCUCUGAAGAGGGCUGGAAACAGAAACCCAACCUCAAUGCUAUCCGCUCCCUGGAAGCUGUGAUCCGGGUGCACAGUAAAUACUGGGGCUGCAUGCAGCGCCUGGCCUCCUGCCCAGAUGCCUGGGUGCCCAGGGUGCCAGGGGCUGACCCAGAAGAAGUGGAGGCAGUGGCUGCACUGGCAUCGCUCUCCGUGGGCAUCCUGGCUGAAGAGAGGCCCUCAGAGCAGCUGGUGGAGGAAGAAGAACCUAUGAAUCUCUGAGGCUUCAGAUCGGAUCUGCCCUCUCACCCCUGCCCUGUGGACCUGGUUCUCUUCUAACCUCUGGCAACAACACCUGCUCCCAGGUCUUCAGAGAUCUGCGGGUGGGUGGUCAGGGCCAGAGAACAGCCUGCCUUGCCGUCACCCCAGGGAGCCCAAGAAGGCUCCUGGGCCUUGGGUGGGGACCAGAGAGAACCCUGAGAGGGGGCAGGCUGGGCAGCCAUUUAGGCCCCACAGGACACUUCCCAGAACAGAUUCUGCCCUUGGGGUCUGGGCCCCUGGCUGUGGCCCCUGUUCCUCAGGACUGCGCAGAGGACUGGCUUUGUUGGGCCCACCCUUAACCACUAUUCUUGGCUCCACAGACCUGGGACUUUGCACACAGCCCCAGGCCCACACAGAAAUGUGAACUUGGCCUCAGCCAGGGUGGCCCUUCCUAGGAGGGGCCAGAGGGAGAGGCCCCUAGGAGGGGAGGAGGACAAAGCCAAGGGUGCCACAUCCCUGAGUGCAGGGGGAGUCCCUCCUCUGGCCUGUUUCCUCAAAAUGACUCUGGAAGCUUCUACCCUCCACCACUGGGCACUGAGAUGAAGCUCCCUCAGAGAGCAGUUACCAGCAAGCCUCCCAUCCGGUUCUUGCCCCUGCCAGAGGCCACCCUACAUCAACCACCUCAGUGCCCUAGUGGAGCAGACAGGUGCUCUUGGAGUUCUGUGCUUCCCAAUCCAAUGGUGCCAAACCUUUCAUCUCCCCCUGGAAGCCCAGCAUGAGCCCAAGGGACCCAUCGGUCACUGCCCUCCCACCACCAGCCUUCGCUGUUUAUGGGGUCUCCCCAACCCUACUCUGAUUCCUGCCCCACGUAGGUCCAGCUUGGCUGAGGGGGAAAGGGGUGAGGAGAGUGAACACAAGACCAGGAGAAGGGGAGGCUGCCCUGGCAAAGUCUUCAAGGCUUCUGGGGUCUAGGACUGGGGCCAAGAAAGAAUUUGUGUGUGUGUGUAUGCCUGUGUGUGUGCACAGGGGUAUGUAUGUGUGUUCCCUAGACCCACCAUACCCUGUGUUUGUGUGCAUGUUUUUGUAAAAAAAAAAAAAAAAUUUAAAAAUGGAAAAAAAAAUCUGAACAAUAAAUGUUUUAUUUGCUUUAAAAGUGCAAGUGACAAGGGCUCCGGGGAUGUGGAGUUCGUGUGCACACGGCCCUCCCGCCGCACAGCACAGCGUGCCUCUGGGUUGGUGCAGAGAAGGCACAGGUUGGGCUGGGGUGCAGUCCCCUGCUCUAGCUCCUUGCCCUUUCUUGGCAGCCGCCCUGCAGGAAGAAUCUGUUCUGAACACACCCUAGCUGCCCCUGCCUGCCCCCACUCAGGGUAAUGGAGAGGAGGCCCCUCUGGGCUAAGUCCAUAGACGGGGCUGGCACACAGGGAGGGCCCAGCCCAGGUGUGUGUACAUGGGGGCGGGGGAGCAUAAAUUCUCAGACUCAGCUCACUACAGCAUUCCCAAAGAGCUGUGAAUCAGACAUCCCUGGGUUUAAGGCCCAACUGGGAGCUCAGGUAAGUCACAUCAUCUCCUGGGGCCUCUGUUUGUUUUAUCAUCAGUAAAAGGCUCCAGAAAAAGACACUGGUUAUGGUUCCUUCCUGCUCUAAUGUGCUGUGACUUUUUAAGCAUAUGCUGAGCCUAGAAGAAAGAAUGAGUGAGACAGCAGGCCCGGACAAGCUCACCCAGUAUAAGCAAAGAGGAAGGCCCUGGGCUGCCAGUACCUGCCUUCAUGGUUCCGAGUUGCCAGGCUUUUUGCAGCCUGAUUACCUCAGAGCUGGCUCCAAGCCCCCUCGGCCUGGGAGAGCAUGAAGGGAAGAGGUAGUCUGCUGCUUGUCCCCUUCCCAUCUGCCCCGGCCCUUCAGGGUCAGGAACACCAAGUCCCAUUGGGGUGGCCGUGGCCGUGACCAUGGGCAUCCUCAUUUGGCUGGGGUGGGGGUGUGUGCUGAGGGCCAGAAGGGGCGACUGAGCUGGUGCAUUCCCCCAUGCCGGGGGGGCCUCCAGCUUGAGACACUGACCCCCUCCCUUGCCCUCUAAGGCACAGUCUGGGCUAGGGAAGCCACCUA